AGUACACGAGGAGCUAACAUUAAUAACAUGCACAUCAAUCUCACCUGGCUCAAAGUGGAAGAGAGACUGACUUCAUCACAACUUGUUUUUGUAAGAAGUGUUGACAAACUGAAUGUACCGAGCUGUCUGUUUAAACUACUAGCACACAGCUCAGACACCCAUCCAUACCCCACAAGACAUGCCACCAGAGGUCUGUUUAAACUACUGGCACACAGCUCAGACACCCAUCCAUACCCCACAAGACAUGCCACCAGAGGUCUGUUUAAACUACUGGCACACAGCUCAGACACCCAUCCAUACCCCACAAGACAUGCCACCAGAGGUCUGUUUAAACUACUGGCACACAGCUCAGACACCCAUCCAUACCCCACAAGACAUGCCACCAGAGGUCUGUUUAAACUACUGGCACACAGCUCAGACACCCAUCCAUACCCCACAAGACAUACCACCAGAGGUCUGUUUAAACUACUGGCACACAGCUCAGACACCCAUCCAUACCCCACAAGACAUGCCACCAGAGGUCUGUUUAAACUACUGGCACACAGCUCAGACACCCAUACAUACCCCACAAGACAUGCCACCAGAGGUCUGUUUAAACUACUGGCACACAGCUCAGACACCCAUACAUACCCCACAAGACAUGCCACCAGAGGUCUGUUUAAACUACUGGCACACAGCUCAGACACCCAUACAUACCCCACAAGACAUGCCACCAGAGGUCUGUUUAAACUACUGGCACACAGCUCAGACACCCAUCCAUACCCCACAAGACAUGCCACCAGAGGUCUGUUUAAACUACUGGCACACAGCUCAGACACCCAUCCAUACCCCACAAGACAUGCCACCAGAGGUCUGUUUAAACUACUGGCACACAGCUCAGACACCCAUCCAUACCCCACAAGACAUGCCACCAGAGGUCUGUUUAAACUACUGGCACACAGCUCAGACACCCAUCCAUACCCCACAAGACAUGCCACCAGAGGUCUGUUUAAACUACUGGCACACAGCUCAGACACCCAUCCAUACCCCACAAGACAUGCCACCAGAGGUCUGUUUAAACUACUGGCACACAGCUCAGACACCCAUCCAUACCCCACAAGACAUGCCAACAGAGGUCUUUUCACAGUCCCCAAGUCCAGAACAGACUAUGGGAGGUACACAGUACUACAUAGAGCCAUGACUACAUGGAACUCUAUUCCACAGUACUACAUAGAGCCAUGACUACAUGGAACUCUAUUCCACAGUACUACAUAGAGCCAUGACGACAUGGAACUCUAUUCCACAGUACUACAUAGAGACAUGACUACAUGGAACUCUAUUCCACAGUACUACAUAGAGACAUGACUACAUGGAACUCUAUUCCACAGUACUACAUAGAGACAUGACUACAUGGAACUCUAUUCCACAGUACUACAUAGAGACAUGACUACAUGGAACUCUAUUCCACAGUACUACAUA